GAAGCUGCAGGAAGGAGACGUGUCCAGGAAGAGAGGAGGAUGGCGAAGAAGAAGCGAGAGAAGAUCAGCGUGGUCAGAGAGAUAGACGGGAUGGAGGAGCGGCUGGCCGCCUGCAGGACCAACCUGGACGAUGUUGACUACAAACUACGUAAACUGGAGCUGACGGAGGAGGGGAGAAAAUCUUUGGAAAAAGAGAAGAAUUCUCUGACCAACAAGAUGUCUCGUUAUGAGAAAGAGCUGAAAUCUCUGCGCCACGAGAACCGCAAGAACAUGCUGCUGUCAGUCGCCAUCUUCCUGUUCAUCUCGCUGGUGUAUUACAGCUGGACCAUGUGAUGGAGGAACGCGGAUCCGCAAUGGACACACCUCCCCGC